UGAUGCUAUAAUAAGUUCAUGAUAAUUUUAAAAAAAAAUGAAAAUAUGAAAUAGGGUUUGCCGGUUUGGGGAGAUUAGGAUUUAGAUUUAUUGAUUUUUUUCGAUUCCAUUUUUGCAUUCUCUAUCUCUAGGUUUUACUACAUAGAGAGAAAGGGGGACGAUUAGCUUAAACAAAGAAAAAAAGCAAAAACAAUGGCGUCGUCAAGAGGAGGAAGCCAACAAGUGAUCAGAUCGGGGGAUAUGGAGAAGAUGAGCUUAGAUCAGCUCAAAGCAGUCAAAGAACAAGCAGAUAUUGAAGUCAAUCUCUUACAAGACAGUCUUAAUAACAUCCGCACCGCCACUGGCCGCCUCGAGAACGCCUCCGCCGCUCUCCACGACCUUUCCCUCCGCCCUCAAGGGAAGAAAAUGUUGGUUCCUCUCACUGCUUCCCUCUAUGUUCCCGGUACACUCGACGAUGCCGAUAAGGUUCUCGUUGAUAUUGGCACUGGAUACUUCGUUGAGAAAACAAUGGCUGAAGGCAAAGAUUAUUGCGAGCGUAAGAUCAACUUACUGAAAUCCAAUUUCGAUCAACUUAUCGAGGUUGCAUCUAAGAAGAAAACACUAGCCGAUGAAGCUGGACUUAUUUUACAAGCAAAAUUGAAGCAGUCAUCUCCUUCGAGUUAGGAAUUGCGUGACCUCAUAAUCAUCUCAUUAUCAUUAAGUUCUUAAGGGUUGCUUAGAACUUUAUUGCACUUGAUGUCAAACUUUAUCUUCUUAAAGCUUUCGUUUUUGAUGAAGGGUAGGGACAAUGAUCUUUCCGGUUGGUAAUUUAAAGAGAUUAAUGUUGUUGUUUAGAGUUGCAUUAUACUUCCAACAAAUUUAUAAAUGCUCUAUUCAAGCUAUGUUGUGGUA